UUUGUACACUUUACUGGUGUUGAAUUCUGUGUGGUUAGGGAUGGUUAGGGCUAAAUUUGUAAAAAACUUGAGGGAAACUCACAUGUACUGCCAGUAAUGACCAGCGUACAUGUACAUGCAAUAACAUUACCCGUGCACUUCAGAAUUUCCGAUGUGGGACACAUUCAAACAUGAUCAAGGGCAUCACCAUCGACCAGCAACAGCGGUUGCCUGUCCAGGAAGGGGCAACCAAUGUCCAGAUGCGAUGUAUCUUACAGCGUUUUGGUGUCGUCAGCCCAGUCACGUUCCGCUGGUUUCACCAGCCUACAUCAGACAUGGACAGACAGAUUAACAGCACCACCCAUUUUGCCAUUGCCGCGGAUGGGAGCACCUUGACUGUUGACCGGGUGCAAAGAGCCGACGGUGGCGUCUUCACGGCUGUCGCCACUGAUGCAGCCUCCAAAUCUGGCAACUGCACAUUCUACGUACAGGUGUCCUAUGCACCCGUCUUUGAGACCCCAGCCAUCAGAGAAAUCCAAGUCAACGCCAGCCAGCAAGUUGUCCUGACCUGCCCCUACGACAGCAGCCCUGAGGCCAACGUCUCUUGGCUCAAGGAUGGGGCCCCCCUCAGCUUCAGCCGGAAAUUCAUCUUCAGCGGGAGGAAUUUGACCAUCAAAGCUGUGGAGUCACUUGACAAGGGUAGCUACCAGUGCAGAGCCACCAACACCGUUGGCUCGGGUGUCAGCUCAUCGAUAUCUGUUGUCGUUCUGGUUCCCAUGAUGUUCGUCACCACCCCACCGUCAGUAUCCAUCUACGUCCUCGGAGACAACGCCACCCUGACCUGCAGUGCUAGGGGCUCACCCCGCCCGACCGUCCAAUGGAAAAAGGGGACAGCGACUCUGACCACUGACAACCUGCAUACCAUCAUCACCGGGACCUCCGCUGAAGAUGUCUUCACAUCCUCCUACGAGUUUAAGUCUGUCGGCUUAGGGGAUCGUGGAACCUACUCCUGCGUCGCUCGUAACCCCGACCAGACCCUUCAACACCUCUUUGAGGUGGCUGUCCUCGCGCCUCCGGAGAUCACUUCCGUUUUCCAGUCUCCGACUUUCAUCAGGAUCGGCACGCCCAUGACCCUGUACUGCCAAGCCAGUGGUAUACCGAAGCCUUCCUUCACCUGGUUUAAGGACGACAGGGCCAUAGCGCGAGUUGCCGAGACCCAUUUCGAGGAGGGCUGGGACGGAUACCUGCGAGUGAAGGAGGUGAUCGGCUCAGACACGGGGCUGUACCAGUGUCGUGCCGUCAACGAGGUUGGGGAAGCCUUCUCGGAGGCCUUCAGGGUUGUCGUAACAGGCCUACACUUCCUAGUCAAGCCACGGCCCAACAAGUACAUUCUCACCAACGGCACGGCCCGCAUGAACUGCAAGGUGGCGGGUGCCAAAGACAAUGGAGAGGUGGCCAUCGAUUGGCUGAAGGAUGGCAAGCGUGUUGCCAGUCGCUGCUCCCAGGCUGACUUCAACAAUUCUAUGUGUACAGGCACCUUCGUCAUGGGCAGAUCUCUGUACAUCACCCGCAUGACAACGGCCGACGAGGGCCUCUACUCCUGCAUAGCCACUGAGCAGGGCGUCACAAACCCGGAGAUGAUCCGGGCAGAUUCCCGAAUCCAGAUCCUAGUGCCUGUCCAAUUUGAGCCCACCUUGCCUCGAACCGUACGCGGCGACUUUCACAGGGCUUUGACGAUACUCUGCCAGGCCACAGGAGUGCCCCCGCCCAAGAUAGAGUGGUAUCGCCACGGUGUCCACGUCCUGAACAACACCUAUAGGACGGUCAUUGAUGGCCUAAUGAAGUUCCGUGCCCUUCACGUCGCCGAUGCUGAUCGCUACACCUGCAUCGCGUCCAACAAGGCAGGCGAGAAAUCAAAGAAUGUGCAGAUCAGCAUUAACACCAAGCUGACAACCCCAGCGGCCCUCAGCGUCACCAUCACCCCCUACAAUUACUUUGCCCAGGUCCAGUGGAGCAUCAUCGCCAAUGGCGGCUACCGAGUGACCAACUUCCAGCUGGAGUACCGACAGAUCAAGCCCACUGUCUCUGAGUGGUCGGUCUUCGAGGACAUCGAGGCCAGUGAGAGGACCAUGGGCCUCAAGAACCUGGAUCCGGAAACGUGGUACCAGGUCAACGUCUGGGCCAACAACAAGCUGGGCAAGGGCGAGGUGGUUAGCAUGGAGUUUGAGACCAAGGAAAUUGAGAGCAGCAGCAUUCUGGAGCUCUCCCUCUCCCAGCUCCUGAUCAUCGUCGUCGUCAUCGUCGCAGCCGUCUGCAUGCUGAUCGCCAUCAUCUGUGUCAUCGUCUGCAAGCGCCACGGCUCCAACCUCACUUUCAUGCGAGCCAGGCAAGGGGCUCAGGAUGACAACCAGGCUUUGGUCAACAACCAGCAGGACCAGUCCUCCCACAUUAACCCCGCCUACGAGGGGGGCGGCGGAACGGACAGCCCCCAGAAGGACAUGGAACUCAAGGAGGUCCAGCCCGACAAGGGGGGUGGGGUUGGGGCAGGAGGCGACACCAAGGGCCAGCCCGACGCCUCGGUGGGACAGAACGGCCAAGCCAAGAAGGAGACCACCACAACAUAAAGAGAGAGCGGCGCAAGCACAACCCAGGUACGCAGUCUGACCCCCCCGGACACUGACCUAUCCAGUUCAUACCGCCACCCCUUCCUCCGCCACGAAUGGGCCAAUUCGGUACUUCAAAGAAAGGCAAGGUCAUUUGAGUUCAAAGCACACGUGCAAGUCGGCGUAAGGCAGCGGUGAUAGGGCAGAUCGCAUGUGCCCGUAAUGCUGGUCCCACAUGACCUUGGAUGCACUUAUUUUGGAUUCACACCGCACUGUCAAUAUACCAAAGUGGCUCAUUCAGGCUUAUUCGAGUUGUACGCGCUUAGAGGGGCAGGUCAUCACUGACUUGAAAAACAGGCUACAUACGGAAUACACGUAUGUGUGCCAUGACACCUGGUGAUCUUGGCCACCAAACAUGGCACCACUCUGUUUUUAGGAUAUUUCAGGUUUUCAGUUUUGAACGAUGCAAAAUGUACCGACUUCAAUUGCAGGAUAAACUGCUUAAGUUUCAUGCAACCUUUUAUCAGUUGAAACAAAGGAUACCAAACGGUACAAACACUAUAAAAACGCAGUGCGACCCACAAAUUGUAAAAACCUUAGUUUCAAAUUUCUGUUGUCAAUUUGUUGAUGGCAGCGUUUGUAAUCUUGCAUGCACUUGGCACACUGUAUCCUGAAGUGGAAACUCUGCCUGUGGGUGGAGCACAGGACCAGUCAUUAUUGUUCCCUCUUUGGAUUGUGAAGUUCCUGCUCUUGCUUUUUCUUGUCGAAAUAAAUGUUCGUUUUUUUCCCCCCGAUGUUUACCAGCAAAGCGGUGUUACCAAUGCAUGCAGUAUGCCCUUCGUAAAUCAUCAAAAUUACUUUUCUGUUUUUCAGUAAAAUGACUUUGCAUUCAGGAAGUUUGAUUGGCCCCCAAUUUGGAAUGGAUAGGUACAUCCAGUCAUGCUUCUUGUUUCUGACCCGGUACAUUGUGUGCUUGGAAUGUAUUCAAAAGGAGGAAUAAGCGUGUAUGCCUUGCUGUGAUAUAUUUGACACUUAUUUUUUUUUCCGGUUGCAGUUGUUUGGCUAACUCUACAGGUCUUUACAAUUUUUUUAAAGAUAUGGGGCUGGCCAGAUUUCUCACAGUUUUUUACAAGUAAGAUUUAGUUGGGAAGGGUUCAUUUUUGAAAACUGCAGAAUUGUCUUUUGGGCAUAAGCCAGAAAAAAAUUGGAGUUCAGAAUGGAAUUUUUUCCCCAGUAUAACAUGCAGGGCAUUGUGCAAUACUGCAAGAUUUAUAAGUAGAAAUUCAUGAAAGAGAUUUGUACACUGUAUGUUCAAAAGCAUGUUGCAAAAAAAGGGAUUUUCCUGCGUUUAACCAAGAUGCAUUUUUACAGAAAUCUAAUUCGUUUGUAUAUAUUCACAUAAAUCUUUUAAGUGCCUUGUAAAUUUUAUAACGACAUUAAUUACGAGAUAAAAUUGUGCAAUAUUGUGAAGGAAUUUGCCGAGCACGGAUCUGUCCCUCAGCAACGAGGUCAUUAAUCCUCUACGUGUCCGCAGAGGCUUGUACAGUGAGAGGAAGUCCUGAAGACUGUUUCCCAGAGCUUCACGGCAAGGACAUGAUUGAACUGAUGUCAUAUGUUACAUUUAAGUUGGGCAAGAAAUUGUGGUGUACUCGUGAAGGUUAUGCACUGCGUAAGUUGAGGACUUGUGCACCAAGUUACGCCAUGCAUGCAGUACGUGUAAUUGCUUCAAACUCAUUGAAAAUGGAGUUCCGCCGACCAAGCACGUUCUUCGUCAGGCGCAAGAGCACUCACCUUAUUAAAGCUUCAACGAGAAAUGCAUAACAUUUGUAUAGGAGGGUAUUGAAAAGCAUUGAAGCACAGCUAUCUCUCUAUAAAACCGACCACACAAAGGACAUUUCACAGCUUUGCUAGAGAUUUAUAGCACAGGGCACAGCCUCAUGUGAAGUGACACCAAGUCUCAUGAAAUCGGUCGCAGUAGACUGAACAUCCUUGUGGAUAAAGUGCAAUAUUGCCGUAUGUUUGCAUGAAAUCUAUGUACAUAGUUUUGCAAGCAAAUGACGAAACGCCAACUUGGAAAGCUUUUAUUUGAAGUGGCAGAUCGUUUCAGGAGGAAACCGCCAUUGGCUGAAACCGAAUAGCGCUUGAUCUGACUACUGCUGAAAUUAUUUCAUUGUUGGCAAUAGUCAUUCCAGAAAAUACCAUUUGGGUUUUAUUCUGUAUAUAAUCUGAUAUAUUCUAGCUGCAUGUGUUGUGACAAAAUGGGUACAAGCUGACAUUCUUUAUUGUUUGUGUCCUUGAGAAAUCAAUAUAUUGCUCUGUCUUACAAAAAUUUGAGUUCAAUGGAGUGGAAACUUCUAGUUCAGAGGUAAGGUACGUAAAUUUUGCAAGCGAGUGCUAUGUAAGAAGCUAUGGAACUUUGGUUUGUUUUUUUGGCCGAAGUACAUGUAGUUUUUAACACUGAAAUGAAGAUUGACAAAUGAACAUUUAUGUAGAAUUUGACGGCUUGAUUUUUGUAGAUAGGGACUUUCAUAUUUUCCACUAACUAAUAAAAGCAAAACCUGGCAGCAAAAGCUUUUUCCAGACUGUCACAGGGUUUGAUUUAUACGAGUAGCCAGUAUUCCAUUCUGUUCAAGUUUAACAGUGAAUAAACUUUCUAAUUCUGAAUGCCUUAAAAUGAUGUCCGCUUUGCAAGAGGUUAAAUCCUUCACUUGUCUUGAAAUCUUCUGCUCAAAAGUCUGUCCAAUUGUUUUAGUGGCAUUACCUUUUCAGUGCUCAGCAAAGUCGUUUGUGAACCCAUUUGCACUCUCCGCAAAACUUGCGGGUGAGUCUAAAAUUCUAACAUCUCGUACAUGUAUCUUGCAACCACAAAACCACAAUUGUAAUGGAUUACAAUUGUGGGUUUUGGUUUUUUUUCCAUCCAGAAUUUACUCUUUGGUUCAAGGCGGCUAUGUCGGUGCAAAGUUUUCAAGGUAACGUGCGUAAACUCUUCAGGUGAUCUGACUCAAGAAAUUCCAAGUCGUGAUAUUGGCAAGGCAAAUGCCCUGCGCAUUUAUUACAAAUUUACUAAGAAAACUGCUCUCCCUUGUUGCUCAACAUGGAAUUCCAAUUAAAAAAAUCACAAUUUUUUUCAUCUUGUUCCAAAUCUGUGUAAGCAGAGGAUGCUAAACUUCUAGUAUACAUAAGCAACAAAUUAAAACAAACACCAAUACUUUGGUACGAUAUAUUUCCUUUAGAAAUAAAUUUGUAUGUUUGAACCAUGAAAGUUACAUGUGCACCGUAGUUUAAACAUGUUAAGGGGAAAACUGAUGGAGUAGCUCAGCCAAAGCGUUCUGCUUUAUAUACACGUACAUGUAGUUGCUUUGUUGAAGAACAAAUUUGAUAUCUGGACACCACCUUUGAUCUUAUACUACAGAGUUUAUGGGAUCUAAAUAUCAGAAAAUUUUCAAUGUACCGGUACUUCCAAAAAAAGAUCAAGUUUUCACUCCUGAAUUAGUGUUUCUUCAUCAGAUUACGCUUUCUAGUAGUGUUCAAGUCAUAAAUAUAAGAAGACAAGUGUUGGCCAGAUACAUGUAUGCUAAUCCUUCCAGAUUGGCGUCUGAAGUACACAAAAUAAUUUGACUUGUGCAUAAAUUCCUUCCAGACUUUCGAAUCAAUAGCAGCAACCACCGGCAUCAAAAUAAAAAGAACAAGAAUAAUUUCCAAAUGAUGUGAAACAUCGUUUUUAAAUUGCCACAGAUAAAUGGCAGCAUUGCCACACUUCGGCUGCCUGGCCACUGUCAUAUCCAUAUAUUCACUUCAUGAAAACUCCUCGGUGAGUGAGUCACAUUUGAACAACACAAUAAAACUGGGCAGCCCAUCAGCAGGGCAAACAAGCGUGCAGUACAGAACUCAUCAAGCUAACAAACAAACUCAUAAAUGCCGAUCAAACUGCGAGCCAUUUGGUCUUUACCGGCUGCUACUUGCUCAUACCAUUUAAAUCUUAAUAUAGAAAUCACAGCUACAUGUAUCAUUGGUCUAGUCCAACCCGACAUUACAAUAGCUACAAAAAGAAAAUCACAAAGUUGCAGGAAAAAUCAUAGUGAUUGUCAGCAUUGAAAGACAAACAGCAAUACUUGCAAAUUUGUUUAAAAUUACUUACCAUACAUGUACUACAUGUCUGUGUAAAAUGUCAAUAUACGUGUAUGUUACAUGUUCGUUAAUAGCAGGAGUUGUUGAUUGUGCAUGUACAGUAUCUAUAUACGCCCGGACAUGCCUAGGCCGAUAUUCAUCAAAGCUUGCUAACUUAGCAGCCAACUCGACCUUAGCGGCCUGUUAAAUCCGUAGUUUUAUGCUUUGUGGUUACCAACUAAUUUAAUAUUCAUAAAACCUUGCCAAGAAUGUUACCGGGGUAGUUGGUAGCUAGAUAUGUUGGGCACGCAGCUUAGGACAUAAGGCAGUUCUUCAAACCCCAAAACCAGAUAAUGUGUAUUUGCAUACUAUGGUGAAGCUUUGGAUGGGUCAAAUGACUUUUAGGAACAGCAAAAACUAGCUGACUUUAAUGAAUUGCACUGUUCACUUGUGCAAGCUCAAGUAUACAUCUUGCCAUGUUCGCUGUUCAAUGUGUAAACCACAAAAUGAUUCAGUUGCCAAAUAGGGACUUAGAGACACCCCACAUCAACUAUAACGUUAGCAGCCAACUUAGCAACCAAGCAAAAUUAGCAAAGUUGUAUGAAUAUCACUUAGCUUUCAACUAGGCUUAGCUAUCAACUUGGGGUCAUCUCAGCAGCCACCUAUUGAAGGCUUGGCCGGCUUUUAUAAAUGAAUACGGACACAGGAUAGCAAAUCCUUCAUAUCGCAUCUAUCAACUCGGGGCAGAUGAUUUAUCAAUGUGAUUUGAGGUUAUUCUGAGUUCACAACGGGGAAUGACUAAAGCCAACGAUCUAGUCAUCUGGCAAUUUGCUCCUGGAAGGGACAAGAGAGGGUGUGUUUCCAUAGAAACAAUAGUCCUUUGGUUGGAAAGUCACCAUAGUUUUAUUUACAUUUGGCCCAGGGCCUGUGACUAUACACAACCAAUCUAUGCAUAAGACUUAGGCAUAAGCUCAGUUGAGAAUGUCUUAUCAGCCUGUCUCUCCUUUGCCAAUUGAGGGCGCACUUCCACCCAGGGCGGAGAGAGCACAUCUUCUGGUAACUUGGCUAAAAUGCAUUAUGAAGCUUUGUACAACUAGGUAGAUGUACAUGUAUCUGUAGUUCACAACUUUGAAGAGACACUCUCUGGAACAAAUGAAUCCAGUAAUUUGGAUUCACGAGUUGAAGUGCGCCCUCAAUUGGUAAAGGAGAGACAGGGUGAUGGAAAAUUUUUUCAACUGAGCUUAUGCACGGGCCCGGUGCACACACACAAAGACCAUACAUUUCAAAAUAAAUCAGUUGCGCAAAGUCACGGGCCCCGUGCCAAAAUGCCAACAAAACUGAUUUUCCUACCAAAGGCCCGUCGACGUCGUUUCCGCGUAAGAAAUGCUCUCUCUUGUCCCCGCUAGGAGCAAAUUGCCAGACAAACCCUGUAGAUUUCCACAAUACUCAUCAGCUGCUUUUUUUUCAUUUAAAGUACUUACAUGGGCACAUAACCAUUGCACUGAAACAUUCGUCGAAUUUAAAUUUCAAGCAUUUAUAUGCUACAAAAUAAAAUGAUAUAUUUAGCGCAGCUUUUUCACGUACAUUCAACUGAAAGACAAUUCACUGAUACAGUUUUCUUUGUACAGCUGACAUACAUGUUUGUAGUAGAGUGAAUUAAAUGUUCUUCUAAUUCUUUUACAUGUACAUUUAACGGUGAAAAGGUGAAAAAAUAUCUUUGCAAGAUAACAGAUCUCAAAGUUACUCUUAUCAAAAACCUAAUAAAAAACACUUUGCAUUGAUCGGCCGCAUUGUCUCUCAAUUACGGCACAGUCCGAUGACUCAGAUGUUCGGAAUCUGCCUGGUUGCGAAUUCCAAACGCUCUUCAUCCCUUCCCCAACCCCCUUCCCAUUUUAUAAAUCCGUCUACCGAAAGAUAAUAGUAAAAUCACUUUUCUUUACCUGCAAGGAAUGCCUCGCAAAAUAACUUAUUCUAUUUUACAAAAUGUAGUGCAGCAUGACAGCAAGGGAAGGGAGGUAACAGAUGCAAUCCUUCCCCCCACCCACCCAGGACAAAAUGCUCCAUGGGUACUAGACCAGGAGAAGCAGGUACCAACAGAGUACCAAAGUGUGAUGUCCUUUCAAGCCAUUAACCCUAACACUCCUCAGUCCUCCAACAGGUGAAGGAUUGAGGAGUGUUAGGGUUAAUGUUGUACACACCAAUGGAGUACGUACGUGCGGUGCUUCAUUUUACACACAGAAUUGUGCAUGUGACACGCUCACUUUGGUACUCUAUGACCAGAGUAAGUCUGUAAGGUAGGAAAUUAGAAGUAAGGCCUAUGUUCUCAAUAAUGUAGGUGAUUCAUAAUAUAGUACGACACCAAGAGGUUACCACAAAGAGGCCAAAUUUCAAGUUUAUGGUCGACAAAAAAAAUGGCCGACUCAUCGCCGUGACUUGCAUUAAACCAAGUGAACAAUGUGAAGAAAUGAUUGGUCAGGGCAUUCCUUACCCUAAUGAAAGCCACUACCUUAAAUAUUUAACAGCGAUACUGAAAGAA